UACACCGCCCUAGAACUAGGGAGUGGAACAAGCGAGGAAGAAGAAAACACGAAGAGCCAACAACCUCUGCUGGGGCUUGAGAGGCGCACGAGUGAGCCUCUCAAGGGAUGUUGCCAACAGAGGCUCUACAUGCAGCGGCCCAGCCACUCCGAACUCAACCCCUAGGUACGUCCACCUCGAGUUGGCAUCCAACUGAGGCAACGGUCCAGAGGAGAGCUGAAAUGGCGUGGCCGUCUGAAUAAAAAACGUUUUCUCAUGUCCCAUAGGGACAUAAGACAACGUGAAGGACUUCUUCGUAUUAAUCUCCAACCCAAACUGUUGCGCGGUCGCCUCAAACACGUUCAGGGCAAGGGCCAGCCCCUUCUUCGUCCGACCAAAAAGGAGUACAUCGUCAGCAUAAGCUAACGAUGACACUGACACAUCCCCCAAACGGACAGAGACGUCCACCGGACAACUCUCAAGGAUCAAAUCAACUAUGUAAGCAAACAGCAGCGGAGAUAGAGGGUCGCCCUGCCGAACACCUCUAUUCACCAGGACUGGGGCAGAGCGGACUCCACGCAGCUCAAGGGAGGUAUGCGAAGCGGCAUACAGUCGUGCGAUAUAAGUGCACAGCUCUUCGGGGAGGCCUUUAACCCGAAGAGCAUGGGUUAUUGCUGCGUGGGAGACAGAGUCGUAGGCUUUCGCCACGUCCAGGGAUGCGAGGUGCAUUCCUUUACGUGGGUCCUGCCUGACCUGUCUCAAAAGGGACCCUAAGACAAACACGUUCUCGGCACAACCAUCGCCGAAGCAACGUUGCCCGAGAGACGCUAGGCCGUGUUUAUAUAGGCGGCUGGCAAGCACCUUGUGCAAAUGCCGAACCACCACGGACGAGACCGAUAUCGGUCUAAAGUCCGAGGGUCUGCCUUCACCCCCCUUCUUUGGGAUGAAGACAGUACGACUGCCCAGAAGGGACAUCGGAAAGCCACCAUGGCAAAGGGCCAUGUUAAAGAAAAGACAUAUGAGGGGAGCAGGCACAGUAGACCACAGUUUAGGGGUGACCCCAUCAGGACCGGCUGCCGACGAGAACGGGGCUUGUUGGGUCUGGCAGCGACCCGGGGAGCCUCUGGCGCUGAAGGCGCGGGAGGUGCAGGGAAGACAUCAUGGAACCACUCAGAGAGGGCGGAUAGAACCUCUGAGGGCUGUGCUCUGCCGCUGACGGCAGACAGAGCCAAAUUGGAGAGACGGAGGCUCUGCCAUUCCUCAUCUCUUACUACAGAAGGAAGAAGGUCACGUAUGGCAGCAAAGAAGGUACCGUACGGGGGGAGGGAAGAAAAAGGUACGGCGUUACCCUGCCACACGUUGGCUCUAACAGGAGUAGCGUAUGGAUUGAACAGUUAAACAGGACCUCUUGGUGUAGGGGGUAAGGAUGGAGCCAGCUCUGCCAACUCAGGAGUACUGAGCUGACAUCGAAGCUGCCGCACUUGGAGUCGAGGUGGUGUUUGAUCGGGUUCCUCGGUGUCACGGGCCGGGGGGUCCACAUUUUCGAACACACCCAUUAGCUCCCUGACCCUUCGGCCUAAAAGCCUCCGGAUCGUCUGGUCGUGGCCAGGAGACCUCCGAGGAGAGGGCACAAAUGGUCCGGGACGGACAGGGGAGGCUCUGGCAGCCCGAAGGUCUUCCAGAGCCUGCUGGACGAGUGCUCAGUACCACCACUGUUUCCCGUUUCAUCUGGAGCUGCAACCGUUGCAUGGGUGCUUAGCUGUUGUGGCAGCUAGCGGUGAUUUAUCGGUAGCAUUGAUCAAUGAUACUGUUGUUUAUCUGAGCUGCGUAUCAUCCUCUGUGAAAUUCUCACCCUUGCUGUUAUCUCGGCGUUGAGUGGAGCCUUUUGAUAGAUCCACGUGUACCGUUAUCUCUUAUCUCAGAAAUCCCUACUCUUCUUCAGAAAUUGAAUCUACGAACUGUUGAUAUGGCUGAGACCAUCAUUAUCAUCAUUAUUGUUUUCUAUUGUCAUUCUCUUUCAGGGUUCUUCAACUAAAUGAAAUACACCAAUAAUUUGAACACCUUUGAAUUGAAAUCUUACUCAUAUCUAGUAAAUAUAAGUAUAUGUUAUAUUCAUUGAUAACCGUCUAUUGAAUUUUUUUAUAUCGUAUAACUAUUCCAAUUUUAAUUCAAUUCGACAUUUGAAUUUCUUAUAAGCUGUUGCUUAAAACUUUUAUUCUGCACUUAAUUUCUUAAAUAUUUUUUCCGUCAGUUAAACUGAAUUGGAGUAUUAAAACUAUUCAGUUGAUCGAAUCCGGCGCAUGCGCACUUCCUUUUCCAUUUUUUUCUAAAUUAUUUAGUUCUCACCAUUACUCGAGAGUAUGUCUAACAAAAGAUCGAAAUCUUGUCUGAUUGAUAUGUUGUUAACUAUCUGGCUUAUCUCAGGAUCCACACCAAUCUCCUCGGCUAGAGCAUGUAUGAUUCUCCUCUUCACCGCAGGCACUGGGUAUAAUUCUAAAUCUUGACGGAGAGCUGACAAAUUCGCAGUCAGCGAUUGGGGUGAUUUGGGGUUUAGCAGCAAUGAUUCUCUCCCUUAUAGACCUCCCGGGAUCUUUCUGUUCAGACGCUCUAUUUUCUCCAUGAGCUUGUCCUUGGUGCUGAUAACUACUUGCUUAGGCAAAAUAUAUAUAUAAUAGAAUUGGGAGCUCAUUAUAAAGCAUCUGUCUGUUAUUUUUUUAUUCAAUAUAGUACAUGUUGAGAAAUGUUUUGUAGUUUAUCCCUACAGCAUGCUACCUGAAUAUGAAAUUGUUAAUAUUAUCAGAAUUGUAGGAAAUAACUUGCCUCGUGUUUGACUGUACUGAUAUCGACAUCAUAGUGAUUUAAUCACUGAAUUGGGAUUACAUCUAUGUCUA